AUGGCUAAUUCUCUCGAGGAAGUUAUGCAGAGGAGACUGAAGGACUAUUUGCAAUCAGCUGAGAAUAUUAAUGGCUAUGUGGAAGAUUAUGAAAAUCUACUUAAAGAAUUGGAAGAUAAUGUAAAACAGGAACCUGAUGAUGAUCCUCAAGAGGAAGCAUAUGAUUUCACAGAAGGAGACGACCUGUGCCCCUUGAAGAGAGAAAUGAAGAUGGAAGAUGAUGAAGAGGAGCUAAAACCACCAAUCCGAGUGUUCCUAGUUCCUGAGGAGGUUCCCAGUGGAGAGGUGAUCCAGGCAGGCGAGGACCCUUUGGCGUCGGGCACUGAAAUUUUUCGUUGUAAAAGUGAGAUGUCAGCUGGUGGAGAAUGCAAUACCACAGGUGACUUCUCAGACUCAAAGUUUCAAAUUCGUCAUGGCGUCGGCUGCACACCCUCGUGCAACGAUGAAAACUACGUAGUGUUGGGCGAAAAGGGAGUAAAAGGAUGCGAGGGUCCCGUGCGCAAGGAGGAGUCAGUAGAGAUAGAGUUGCAGUCCCAGGAGCUGAAUUCCGCUAAGCGUGUGGACGAACAACCCGUCUUGUCAAAAAGCGGGUGUGAAGUUGGACUUGAUCAAAAAGAGAAAGGUGGAAAUGAAUAUGAAAGAUGCAGGAGAAGGCAAAUACAGAUCCAAAGCGCUGAUGGCUCUCAUGAGUGUCAUCUCUGCCAAAAGAGAAGUAGUACACGUAAAAGUAAUUUAUUGGCGCAAAUGAAGGCUCAUAGCGACGAGCACCGUCAUCAAUGUUCCCUUUGCCAAAAGGGUUUCACGGAGAGCAGUCAUUUAGUUAGACAUAUGCGGAUCCACAGCGGUGAGCGCCCUCAUAAGUGUUCCGUCUGCCAAAAGUGUUUCACAGUAAGCAGUAAUUUAGUUGCGCAUAUGCGGAUUCACAGCGGUGAGUGCCCUUAUAAAUGUUCCGUCUGCGAAAAGACUUUCACAGAGCGCAGUAAUUUAGUUAGACACAUGCGGAUCCACAGCGGUGAGCGCCCUUAUAAAUGUUCCGUCUGCCAAAAGUGUUUCACUGAGAGCAGUCCUUUAGUUAGACACAUGCGGAUCCAC